AUGACGGACGGAGUGUGGCGUAGCUUCCGUUUCUUCGACAGCGAAGCCCUCGCGGCCGCCGCCUCCUUAGCGGAGCUCAACGUCGUGUGCACAUGCCUGACCCCCACCUCGCUCGUUGUGGGCGACUGCGAAGGUCAAGUGCUCUUCCUCGAACGCCAUCCCGCGUCGACGGCCACCUCGCCGCGGGGCAGGUGGUGUUUUCAGGCUUACGCGGGCCCGGUCACACACAUUCGAUACUGCGCAGUGCGCAACACCCUCAUCACGAUCGGCAGUGACGAUGCGGUCCACAACACGAUUUUGAGAGUCUGGGACCUUGACCAGCUCGUGGCCCUGUACCGAGGCCUUGUGGGCCUUGACCCAGCCGAUGUCUCAACUUCCAUUCCGGGAGCAUCAGCAGCCGAUGCCCCGCUCCGGUGGAGGCCGCCGUGCCAGGAGCACCGCAUUCUGCCCGUCAACAAAGGCGCGAGCGGCGGUGCUUCGAGUGCGCAUGCCACAGGCGACGAGGCCCCGCUGGUGACAAUUCUUCUGGAUGAGUCGAAGCAGCUGCAGUGCCACUUCAAGCCAUUCUCCACGGAUGCCGGCAUGCUUUCUCCAUUUCCCACCGGCAACUCCACUGGCAAGGGGCUCUCGCCGCGUGCAGGGGAGGCUGGCAGCACCGACGUCGUCUCGUGCGGCUCCAUCCGCUCUCCCGUCGUGGGCUUCGAUGUGGCGCCAGAUCUCUCCUGCGCCGCUGUCGGGCUCGUCACGCGCGACUGUGUAGUGUUGCAGGGGGAUCUGGCGAAGGAGCGGUCGGUUCGAGUGCUGACGAUCCGCAGCGGCCUCGCCAAAGGCGCUCUCACGUUUGUCGGACUCCCCAGCACGCAGUUCGUGACGUUGUGGGAGACCAAAGGCAGUGGGCAUGCAACCGACACCAGCGGCGGAAGCGCCAGCGCCUUCUCUUUUCUGACAGACAGUGCCCGCGCACUGACAAGGUCGGUGAAUGCAUCGAUGGUCAACUGUAGCGCUGGGGCGGCGGCAGCGGCGGGGGUGCAGGUGCUGUACACGGUCUACGAGGACGUGGUUACGUGCUGGGCGUUGCGAGCAAACGGCAACUGGUCCGAAUACCCCUGCCCCGCCCCCAGCGGUGGUGCUCCGCGUUUUGGAGCGGCGCUGACGUCACAUGGCGAGCUGCUCGUGCUGUGCAGACAGCCAGCAUCACACGUGACAACUGGCAGCCGUGUUGUGCGGUUCGGCCCCGCUAAUCCAGUCUCCAGCGCUCCCGUGCCGUACGACCCGACGAUGAAGUCAUGCGUGCAUCCGAUUCACGUCGACCACGUGCCGGGCCGCUGCUUCCUCUACACGCACCGUCAGUACCUCGUUCUGCUGGUGCAGCACGACGGAAGGCCAGAGCAGUUUCAGUUGCAGUGCUUUGACCUCGCCUAUCGCAUCCGUGGACUGAGUCGCCCGCAGGAGACGUACACAAACUGCGCCAUGGUCCUGGCAGACGGAACAGACAUGCUGGUGCUGUUUCUCGACCCGGCUGUGCGCACGCGGCAGCUCGCGUUGCGGGGUGUGCGGCUUCGCGAGGCAGACACGCAGACCAAGCUGGAGCUUCUCUUCAGCAAGGAAUGCUACGGCAUUGCGCAGCAGCUGGCACAGACGAUGGAAGGGGCCGACCCGACACUGCAGCUACGCAUCCGCAAGCGCUACGGCGACUACCUCUACGGCAAACACAAGUUUGACGAGGCCAUGGCCCAGUACGUGGGCACGAUCGGACACCUGGAGUCGUCCUACGUCAUUCAGCGGUACAUGGGCAGCGCGCACAUGGAGCAGCUCAUCCGCUACUUGGAGGAGCUGCACAACGAGAAGCACGGCGCCCACACCAACAUGGCGCACACAACGCUGUUGCUCAAGUGCUACAUCAAGCGCAAGGACGAAACUCGGCUCAAGGCGUUCAUCCACCGUGACGACGUGCGGUUUGAUGCAAAGAACGCCAUCGAGGUGUGCCGAGAGGGCGGAUACGCCGCGGCAGCGCUGUACAUUGCCGAUCGCUACGCCGCCGUGUACGACUGCGCGCGUAUUCGCUUGUACGACAUGCAAGAGCCUCUCGAGACACUGUCGUAUGUCCGCACGCUGGGGAUCGAUGAGGCGGAGCCGAUUUGCUCGCAGCUCGGCAAAGACCUUCUUCUUGCGGCCCCCCGCGCCACGACCGAGCUGCUAAUAGAGCUGUGUGUGCACUGGAAAGGGCCGGGACGGCGCCUAGUGGACGGGCCCGCUCUCCCUACGCCUGCGCCUGACACUACUCUUUUUCCCGCCUGCACGGGAGACGCGAUAGGAGGUGGGCCACGACACCCCCACCACGCGAACGCGUGUGCAUUCCUGCACAUCUUCGUCGACGCACCGGUGUGCCUUAUGAACUUCCUUCGCGCGGUGGUGGAGAGUGGUGUGCUGAAUGAGGAUGCCGCGGCACCAGCGCCCAUGCAGAUGACUGUGGAAGGCAACGCAGCCACGCCAUCGCCACCUGCACCGCCCUCUCCCACAGUGACACCGAGCCCGCAUACUGUGCUCUACAACACGCUGUUGGAGCUUUACAUGACUCGUGAACUGAAGAGCACGCUUCGACUGGUGCCCCAAGCAUCAGCAGCAACGGCCGGUGGUGUCUUGAGCGCUGACGCGACGACCGAGUUCCCAUUGGAGCCGUACGAGCGACGGCUGGAGCAGGCGCGGACGUUUCUGGAGGCGUACAAGGGCCGCUACGACCACUACCUCGCGCUGACUCUGGCCCAUCAGCACCGUUUCGAGGACGGCAUUCUGUACCUCCUCCGUCUCCUCGGACUCUCGGAGGAGAUCCUCGACUACUACGGCGCCAAGCUGAACGACCCCAACUCUACCCCGGCUGAGAGGCGCGAGGCGACUGCGAAGCUCUUCCAGGCGUGUCAGGAGAGGCCGGCUGCCGACAGCAGCACGACCACCAUGUGGAUGACGCUUCUGUCGCAACUCAUGCGCACUGCGACGACGGAAUCGCUCGACAUUGUGAAGGUGCUGGACUACAUUGAGGCCCACGACGCGCUAUCGCCGGUGGUGGUCCUGGAGAUACUGCGCAAGUGCCCUGAAAGUACUCUCGAUCUGCGCACCGUGCGGAACUACUGCCAGCGGUGCCUGCUAAAGCAGACGCAGCAGUUGCAGGAGGUGCUAGCACAGACGUCGCAGAGACUCGGCGAGAUGGAGCGCAUCAAGAAGGAGGUUGUCGCUCUGCAGACCUCGGCUGUCGUCUUCCAGGCGACCACGUGUGCGCACUGCCAUCAAGCGCUUGACACUCCCACGGUGUACUUCAUGUGCAAGCACGCCUUCCACCACCGCUGCCUCUAUACAGCGGCGGAGUGCAACGUAUGCGCGGCGGCCCAUCGCAGUCAGCUCGACGCCAUCAGAGAGGAGGAGCAGCGAGACCUGCAGCUGCAGAACCCGAGCAGCUUUGCAGCACAUUUCUUUCAGGACAUGAAGUGCGGCCGCGACGCGGCGGAAGAAGUGGCCAGUGCACGUACAGGCCCGAACGGGAACACCCCACAGGACGGCUUUCGCGUGGUGACGGACUACGUUGCCCGCGGUGUCCUCGGUGCGCCACCGCCGUACAAAGACGCGGGCCCCUUCGGCUGCCAACCACCAACAGUGCCGCUCCACCCCGGAGGAAGUCAUCAGCGGGUGGCGGCGGAAGUGGUCGGCGCGGACAACCUCGACAUUUGGUAG